UCUGACUCCCCCCUCUGAUAAGAAUAACAAAUCUUAUCCACAUAAAAAAAAGAGUCUCUAAAAUCCAUUCCCUUCCAUUCCAUAAGACAGACUACAAGCAAAUCUUCAUACCCACAAAACCCAACAGCAAUCUAGAUUCAACCAUGGCUGCAACUUCCUCUUAUAUGGCUCUAACAAAGUUCUCCAUGUUAGGCUGGUCAGGUGGGACCAAAAUGAACCUCAAAAAGAGAACCAUGUUCUCAAUCUCAGCUCAACAACAACAAGAAACAGAAAUUCAAGAACCAAAGGAAGCAAAAGUAGGAAAAGAAGAACAAGAAGUGAAGCAACGAGAUACAACAUCAUAUUACAAGGAACCAAGGCCAGUUGAGCCACAGUUGAAUGUGAAGAGCAAGAACUUGAGCAGAGAGUACGGAGGACAGUGGCUGAGCAGUGCCACGCGCCACGUCAGGAUCUACGCCGCCUAUAUCGAUCCUGAGACCUAUGCAUUUGAUCAGACUCAGAUGGAUAAACUCACCCUUAUCCUUGAUCCAACCAAUGAGUUUGAGUGGACUCCUGAAACUUGCAACAUGGUCUAUGGUUACUUCCAAGAGCUUGUUGAUCACUAUGAGGGAGCCCCAUUGACAGAAUACACACUCCGGUUGAUUGGUUCUGAUAUAGAGCACUACAUAAGGAAGCUGCUAUAUGAUGGGGAUAUCAAAUACAACAUGAAUGCAAGAGUUUUGAACUUCAGCAUGGGAAAACCAAGAAUUGGGUUUACUUACAAGGAUGACAAAAUCCAAGAUGUAAAGCAGUUUAAAAAGUUUCAGUGCACCAGUUUUAACUGUUCACAAAUUGACAUGCUCACAUGUCAAUUAAAAAUUCAUUUUUUCUCUUUUUUCCUUAGGGGUAAGGAAUAGGAGAUGCGAAAGAUUUAAGUCCAAUGAGCAUUAACAGAGAGAUCAGGGAAGGUCGUGGACAAAGCGGUGGAGGCCUCUGGCUCAAUUGUUCAGUUGGAGGGAGAAAAUCUUCAGCAACGUCAUUGCCAAUAAAUGCAUGGAAUCCCAAUUUAGGAAAGGAGCUUCACUUUACUCAGUAAAUUGGCAUGUGAAGAAGGCUCAUGGCCUUGCAAAUUAGGAAUUCAUCGUAUAUUUCCUCAAAGGAUGGUCCCUAGAGACAAAUGGGGGAGUUGAGUUACAUUGUUUCAGUGUGAUCAUUGAAGCUUCUAGUGGAUUGGUUCAGAACGCAAUUGACAAUAAAUCAAUGAUUGACAAUAAAUCGGUAGAUAAUAAAGCAAUUGACAAUAAAUCAAUGAUUUUUUGAGGUGUA